ACUUGCUCGCUUAAGCAAAACAAAAACAAUAGUGAAACCUCAAACCAAACAAAAAGGAAAGAGCCGCAUAGAAUCCAAAAAUAGUUGUUUGACUCGCACACUUUAAAAAAUCAAAUCAAAAUUCAAAUCACCCAAAUUUUCUUCCUCAAAAUUCAAAUCCUCCAUCUUUCUCUCACCCGAUUCUUCCUUCUUCAAUCCAAUGUUCGCAAAACGCUUCUUACAAAAAGCCACUCAUCAUCAUCAUCAUCAUCAUCAUCAGCAGGACAUACCACAUGGACAUCUUAAGCCGACGGACUUGGAUCCGCAUAUUCGAAUUCACUUUGGCAUUCCUAAUACCGCUACGAUUCUUGCUAUUGAUCCAAUUCAACAGUUGUUGGCCGUUGGAACACUUGAUGGUAGGAUAAAAGUGAUUGGAGGAUAUAAUAUAGAAGCUCUUCUUAUAUCCCCAAGAGAAAUUCCGUACAAAAAUUUGGAGUUUAUGCAAAACCAAGGUUACUUGGUCGGCGUCUUGAAUGAUAAUGAUAUUCAGGUUUGGAAUCUGGAGAGCAGGUGCAUUACAUGUAGCAUACAAUGGGAGACUAAUAUAACAGCCUUUUCUGUAAUUUCAGGUUCCCCGUUCAUGUUAGUUGGGGAUGAGCAUGGUAUGGUGUCUGUGUUGCAGUAUAGUACCGAAGAUGAAAGUCUUGUAGAUACGCCGCAUCAUAUUUCUCCAGAUUAUAUAUUUGAAAAAACUGGCAUCUCAUUCCCUAAUGAUCAAUCUGUUGUUGGACUUCUCCCUCAACCUUCUAGUUUUGGAAACAGGUUACUGAUUGCCUAUCAGUAUGGGCUAUUCGUUUUAUGGGAUGUUGUUGAAUCUAAGGUUAUAGUCUUGAAAGGUGACAAUGAUUUGCUUAUAAAGGAUCACCUAUCUGAAUCUCCAAGUAAAUUAGCUGCUGAUACACUUGAAGAUGAACAUGAACAUAUGAAUGAGAAAGAAAUUACUGCUCUCUGUUGGGCAUCUUCAGUUGGCUCGAUGCUUGCUGUAGGAUAUAUUGAUGGAGACAUUUUGCUAUGGAACAUACCAAGAGGUGCUUUCUCCAAAAGUAAAAAAGCUGGUGUAACAUGUGAUGAUGUUGUGAAGCUUCAAUUAUCUUCAGCUGAGAAGAGACUUCCUGUCAUUUUUUUGUGUUGGGGUGAGAGCAGUAUAUCUCAAAGCAGCUGUGGUGGCCAACUUUUUGUCUACGGAGGCUGUGAAAUAGGAGCUGAAGAAGUUAUAACGGUAGUGAGUCUUCAAUGGUCUCCUGGCAUGGAGACGCUACAAAGUGUUCGUCGUGUGGACUUCUCCCUCAUUGGGGCCUUCGCAGAUAUGGUUUCAUCAUCAGUCCUAGAGACAGAAAUGAAGAGCAGCUUUGAUGGCCUUUUUGUAUUGACUAGGCCGGGGAAGUUGCAUUUUUAUUGUACCGAGAGUUUGUCGGCUUUACUUUCUCAGACGGAGAGAAAAUCACCUGUAUCCGGUACAGAAUCUCCUGUGGUAAUUCCCAUUUCUGAUCCUCAAAUGACAGCUGCAAAAUUGAGCUUGCAGCCUUCUGAUGGGAAUUUGGCAAUGUGGCUUUCAGAGAUGGCUUCAGAUUGUUUGACACUGAAUCCAGCUGAAGGGAGAAAGUGGCCACUGACUGGGGGUGUACGAAGGGAAAUAACCUCUUCUGAAGAAAUUCCACAGAAAAUGAUCUACAUAGUUGGCUACCAAGAUGGAUCUGUCCGAAUUUGGGAUGCCACGAGUCCAACAUUUCAACUCGCUUCCACUAUAAAAGGUCAGGUGCAUGGUAUAGCAAAUGCUGGUUCAAAUGUUUCUGUAACAAAGUUAGACUUUUGUGCAUCAAUGAUGAAUUUGGCAGUUGGCACUCACUGUGGUGAGGUCCGUGUAUACAGCCUAAAUAAUGAUGCUGUUGGAACAAACUCAACAAAGCUUCACUGGAUUAAUAAUUCUGAACGUACUGUCUAUGAUGUACCAUCACAGAAGGGCCCUAAAUGCGGAGCUGUUUUCUCCUUGGUGAAUUCUCCAGUGCAGUCACUUCAAUUUUCUACUUCUGGAACCAAACUUGCUGUGGGAUAUGAAAGCAGUCAUGUAGCAGUUCUUGAUAUGAUCUCGCUGUCAGUUUUGUAUUCAACAGAUUCUGUAGCCAGAUCUAAAUUUCCAGUCAUUUCAGUAAUUUUAAAAGAAUUUUCAGAUGCUCAUGGCUUUAGUAGAGGGUCAAAGCAUUUAGGGCCAAAGAAUAUGGAACAGCCUGGAGAAGAGCUGUUGUUUACCAUAACCCAGGAUGCAAAAGUCAGUGUUGUUGAUAGCAAGAGUGGAAGUUCUAUCAGCUCCCGGUCAUUUCAUCCCAAGGAGCAGACAGCAAUCAGCAUGUAUGUUUUAGAAGGCAAUUGUUUCACGUCUGCAUCAUUGGAGCACCAUGAUCAGUUAAAUAAGGAAGCCAAACUCCUAGAUGAGCCUAAGCAAGAUGUUUCCUCAAAAAGAGGUGACUUGAAGGAUACCGAACAUCUUUUCACGGAUGAAGAGAGGUUGUUGGAUUCUCACUUUUUGCUUUGUUGUGAGAACUCAUUACGCUUAUACUAUACCAAAUCCGUAAUACAGGGUGAAGAUAAACCAAUUUGCAAGGUGAAACUUGCAAAACCUUGUUCGUGGACUUCCAUUUUUAAGAAAGAUGACAAGGUUGUUGGUCUUAUCUUGGUCUACCAGUCUGGGGACCUUGAAGUUAGAUCGUUUCCUGAUUUGGAGAUGCUGGCAGAAAGCUCCUUAUUUUCAGUUUUAAGGUGGAAUAUGAGACCGAACAUGAAGCUUGCGAGUUGUACAGACAAUGGGCAGAUCUGUCUGGCAAAUGGAAGUGAAUUGGCGUUUAUCUCUUUGUCUACUUAUGAAGUUGACACAAGGUUUGUGAAAUUUUUGCCUUCGCUUCAUGAUAAAGUUGUGGCUGCUGCUGCUGAUGCGGCAAUUUCAGUCUCCAUAAAACAGAAGAAACAUGCUCCUUCUGCAGGUAUUAUUGGUGAUAUUGUGAAAGGCUUAAAGAAGGAAAAAUCAAACAGUGCAAAAACUCCUGGUUGUCACUUGAUUAAAUUACGGGAAGUUUUUUCAAGGCCUGUUGUUCCUGAUUCAUCUAUAGCCACUGUAGAAGAAAAGGAAGAAGAAGAGCUUGACAUAGAUGACAUUGAAAUUGACGAACCAGUUAUGGUGGCUUCAACUUCAUCCCAUCAAGAGAAGGGAAAAACAACAAAAACAGGAGACAGGUUAUUUGAUGGUGUUUCUGAUGACCUAAAACCCAGAACAAGGACGACUGAAGAAAUUAUGGCAGCAUAUAAGGGGACAGAGUAUGCGUCUGCAGCAGCUGAACGUGCAAGAAACAAGCUUUUAGAACGCCAAGAGAAACUCGAGAGAGUCAACCAAAGAUCAGAAGAUCUGCGUAAUGAAGCUGAAAAUUUUGCAUCAAUGGCUAAUGAGCUUGUAAAAACAAUGGAAAGUAGGAAGAAAAAGUGGUGGAAGAUAUGAAGUUGACAUGCCAAGCUUAUUUAUCUCGUCAUUUUGUCGCUUUGGUUUGACAUUCUUAACCUGUGGAAUACAAGAGGGUACUUGGAAGAACCACCUGUUCAGAAUCUUGCAUCCAAUGUUAAAAGAAAAUGAGUGUGGAAGAUGUUUUUGUACAGGUUUCCGUUGAGUUUGGGUUGGUUCCAAACAAGUGUACAAUUAUUGUAUACAAUGUCCAGUUUUGUAAACGUGUGUCCAGUUUUACAAUUAUUGUAUACAAUGCCUUUUUUUCUUUAAAUCUUGUGUCCAUCCUCAUUAUUUUGGGAGGAGAAAGUACUGAAAACUUUGCUCGAGAUUGAUGUAAAGGUCCAUUAUUUUGGGGGGUUUUCCCCUGUUCAUGAGCAAAAUAUCAAGAUCCAUAAAAAAUUCCAGGAAAUGGCAAA